AUUGACCAGCAUGCAAGUGUGCACAGAAGGUCCCACACCAGCAAUAUGAGAUGAGCUCCUUUUGGCUUUCGAGGAGGAUUCCUUUUUUCUGGAAGCCGAGGUCAGAAAUACAAGAUGACGUGACCAAACCACUCAUAUCAAAGGUAACCACUCGGAAUGGCAUUCAAUACCAGGGCACAGACAUCAGCACAGAGCGCCAAACCGAUUCGAGUUCAUUGAGCCAUGAUGAGCAAACCAAACUGUCAUCCUGGACCUUUCCCCAUUUACAGACCCACAAUUCCUCCAAUCUUACUGACUUUCUGCUGAAAUAUGUGCUUUUCACUAGCAACCUACUCUUCUCUGUGCUGGGCCUGGCCACCUUAGGACUCGGGUUCUGGGGUCUUGUGAACAAGGAGUCCUUCGCUCAGGAGAAGCUGGAUGGCCUUGGCACUGAUCCCAUGCUGCUCUUAGUUUUUCUGGGCUUGCUGCUUUCAAUGCUUUGUCUGACAGGCUGUGUGGGUGCACUGAGGGAGAACAACUGCCUGCUACGUACUUUCUCUGCAACACUGCUAGUCCUUGUAGCUGCUCAGGUCCUGGUGGCCAUUGUGGCCUACAGCCUGCAGGGCUGGAUUACUGAGCUGCUGCGCUCAGCCAUGCUGACAGCCAUGACCCGCUACCAGGACGACCUGGACCUGAGGUUUCUUACAGAUGAGAUCCAGAUCGGGCUGCAGUGCUGUGGGGUGGAUAACUAUCGAGACUGGGAAGUCAACCAGUACUUUAAUUGCUCAUCUCCAGGCGUGCAGGCAUGCGGCGUGCCUCCCUCAUGCUGUGUGGAUCCACUAGAGAAUGGUACAGUGUGGAACUCGCAGUGUGGCUUCGGGGCACAGCAGCUGGAUGAGUUCUCGGCUCAGAGUGUGAUUUUCCUGGGGGGCUGUGUGGGCAGUAUUUCACGCUGGCUCAACCUGCACUCUGAGCUUAUCGGCAUAGUAACAGCUGCCCUGCUUGCAGUCCAGAUCCUCACACUGAUCACUGCUACACGCUUGCUGGAUAGGAUCCAAUGGAACAAAACACAAGCAUGGUGACGAGGAACACGAUCUUAACGAUUCAUGAAGAAACUUCUUCAUCACUGAGAACUACAAGGUACAAAAGACUGGCAAGUUAGAUGUAUCACAAAAGACUGGCAAGGUAGUUGUAUAUUAACUCCUAUUUAUCACAUUCUGUAUGUUUUACUUCUUUCACAGUGAACAAGUGAAUAAUCAUUUCUCCCCAUCACUUUUCCUAUCCUGUUUUUCAUUUUCACUUGUGGUUCAAUUAGAAAGGACAAAACUUUCAGACCAAAGACAUAUAGCUAUUGAAUUAGUUGCUAGUACAUCCCUAUUUUUGCAGUUUCAUACAGUCACUGUUACUGAAAGAAAGGUACAUAUAGGCUUUCAUGAAAA